CACACACACACACACACACACACACACACACACACACACACAUACACCCACACACACACACACACUGCAGUCUUCUGCUACACGGCUCCCCUUCACAGCCAGGACAAAAGAGAGAGCUGUCAACCAGGGCGUAGCAAAGGGGGGACCCUAAAAGAUUCAGGGCCCCCAAGAAUGGACAGGAGAAAUAAAACGAGACACUGCAUAAAUGUUUUAUAUUUUAGAUGAUAAAGGUUGAUAUGACCCGCCACCAUCAAAAGUUUCGGGGAGCAAGCAGUUGAGGAGGACAAACAAGGAUGACAUAUGAACGUUUCUGUUUAAACAUCAGUGUGUUUGCGUUUGUCAUUAGAUCGUUUUCUGCAUAUGUUUUAAAUGUGUUCUGUGACGAGCUCCCACUCGUGCCGAUGUUUUAGAGAUAAUAUUAUUAACUACGGUGACGCAAAGCCAUGCGGAUCAUUUUCGGGAACAGCUGUCAACCGCCGUGUUUUGCGGAGAGUUUCCUUUCCAAGCGAAGUGACGGAAAAACAUGCCACAGCGCAUUAAUCUGAAUUAUUAAUUAAUAUGAAAGCGAUGUGUUAGUUGAUGAACCGCGUGCCCUUAUCACUGAUUUCUCUGCACAUGACAGGCUGUCUGUCCUGUUCAGAAGAGCAGUUGUGUUGACGUGAUGAGAUAACUGCUUUGGAUGAUGAAAACCAAUGAAAAUGUCACAUAUGUAAUGUAAUCGAUGAUUAACAGACUACUGAAUGAGGAACACUGGUAAACUACAGUCCCUUUACAAUCUUGUGUUGCAACAUUUUGUGGAAUCUACACAUAAAAUAUAUGGCAAUUUGUUUUAAAUUGCGUUGUGUUUUUUUCAAUGAUGUCUCUCAUUUAUCGUUUACAGUGAACGGUUAAACUGUAUAUAAACUAAACUGGCUUCGGGGUUAUUAACAUUAAACGGAAACCGGAGAGCAGGGCUUGCGAGGGGAGGGGGUGAGAAAGAGAAACGGAGAAGAUGAGGUGGAGAGCGCGCAGUAAGAGACGGGCAGAAAUGCACACGCGCGCUCUCAAAGCUGCUUGCAGUCGAGAGCGUCCGUGCCUCCGCAUCCUGAAAGCAGCUGCGCGUGUACUCGCCGUGUACUCUUGGACGCCGGACAAUCAACCCACGGAAAGAUGAACACUAAGGACGCGAAGGAGUAUCUCGCCAAGCGACAGAUCCCCCAGCUGUUUGAGAGCAUGCUGACGGGUCUGAUGUUCCACCGGCCGGACGACCCGCUGCUGUUCCUGGAGACCUGCUUGCAGAAGACACGGGAGUUGGGCGGGGAUGAGGGCGUGGCCUGGGACACCUUCAUCACGCCUGACCGACGCCCACUUCCUCCCAUCACUGCCCCACAAGCCAAGAGGGCUGCUGGGAAACUCGAGGGAGCCAGUGGUCCAGGCCCAGGUCCAAGCCCGGGGUCAGGGUUAGGGUCAGGGUCAGGGUCCGGUGGUCCAGCUCCGGGACCAUAUCGCCGGUACGAGCGGCUGCCCCCCAUCCAGGCCCAGUACUCCAUCGAGAGCGACUCGGACAUGACAGAGUCGUCCGGCCUGAUCCAGGAGUACGACGUGUUCGACCCCAACAAGCCGCGUCCACACAUCAUCUUCGUCAUCGGUGGUCCAGGCAGUGGUAAGGGCACCCAGACGCUUAAGAUGGCGUCUCAGUACGGCCUUGAGUGUGUGUCCGUGGGCGAGAUCCUCCGGGCCCAGCUGCUCCACCACGCCACCACCGACAGGAAGUGGGAACUCAUCGCACAGAUCAUCGCCAACGGAGAGCUGGCACCUCAGGAGACAACUAUUGAGGAGCUGAAGCAUCAGUUCAUGAAGCAGCAGGAUGCCAAGGGCUUCAUCGUGGACGGUUUCCCACGAGAGAUCGCUCAGGCGUUCACCUUCGAGGAACAGAUUAGUUCCCCAGACCUUGUGAUCCUGCUGGCCUGCUCCAAUCAGCAGCUUCGGCAGCGUCUGGAGAAGAGGGCCGCCCAGCAGGGUCGCCCCGACGACAACACCCACGCCAUUGAGAAGCGCCUGGAGACGUUCAAGCACAACAUCUCGCUCAUCGCCAAGUACUACCAGGAGAGAGGCCUCAUUGUCAGGAUUGAUGCAGAUCGGGGCGAGGACGACAUCUUCACAGACAUAAGUGCUGUUGUGAGCGAGAGACUCUUCCCUAAUGACAAGAGCGCAGGCAGAGCUGAGCAUUCCAGUGUGGGCGUGCCUGAGCAACAGCUCCCCUCAACCUCAUGAAGCCUCAGACACACACACACACACACACACACACAC